UCUGAGCGUGGAGAUAAGGAGCAAGAGAGAGAGAGAGAGAGAGAGAGCGAAAACGAAAGAGAAGCAACGAGCACUUCUUCUCCCCUUUCCGUCUCCCUGCUCCUUGUCACUCCAUCCUUCUUCCCCUCUCUCGGGCCGGCUUCGACGCAGGACCAGCAACCCUCCCCUCUCUCCUCCCCUCCUACCACCCAGACUGCCCCAGGACCCUUUGACUCUCCUCACUCCUGUCCCACAAACUGCCCCUUUAGACAAGAAUCGCCUUCCCUCAUUGUUCCCUCCAUGUGUCGUGUGGUCUGCAGAACAGGUCUUGUACCAUUUUGAACCUGACUGGCACACCAAUACGUCAGCAUGGGCCUGUGAUCCACUUGAAAAAAAAGUCGAACAGCUGAUGGACUGAUCUGUGUUCAAGUGUGAUCGCUCUGCUGUCCUUUAUGACCUCGGAAAACAUCGCCCACAGAAAUUUCGGUGCCUAUCUGGCUGGCAUCCCAUCAUAUUCUUUCUCCUUUUGAGGACUCCCCCCAACCUCCCAUUCAGCAUCAUCAUUCAGUCUCAGCUUCUCCUGCCAUGGAGUCAACCCAAGUCCCGUCGGAGGGUGGCCUCAAUGUCACUCUCACCAUCCGUCUCCUCAUGCAUGGAAAAGAAGUGGGAAGCAUAAUUGGAAAGAAAGGGGAAACAGUGAAAAAGAUGCGUGAAGAGAGUGGAGCACGGAUCAACAUCUCCGAAGGCAACUGCCCGGAGAGGAUAGUCACCAUCACUGGACCAACAGACACAAUCUUCAAGGCUUUUGCCAUGAUUGCUUAUAAAUUUGAGGAGGAUAUCAUCAAUUCCAUGAGCAACAGCUCGGCAACCAGCAAGCCUCCGGUCACUUUACGGCUUGUGGUGCCAGCCAGCCAGUGCGGCUCUCUCAUCGGAAAAGGGGGUUCCAAAAUAAAAGAAAUGAGAGAGUCCACAGGGGCGCAAGUUCAGGUGGCAGGGGACAUGCUUCCCAACUCGACAGAGCGUGCUGUGACAAUCUCCGGGACCCCAGAAGCCAUUAUCCAGUGUGUCAAACAGAUCUGCGUCGUCAUGCUGGAGUCUCCGCCCAAAGGUGCCACGAUCCCCUAUCGCCCAAAACCUGCUUCCACCCCUGUCAUAUUUUCAGGGGGCCAGGCUUACACAAUUCAGGGACAGUAUGCCAUUCCACACCCAGAUCAGCUGACCAAGCUCCACCAGCUGGCUAUGCAGCAAACCCCCUUUACCCCUCUCGGACAGACCACCCCCGCUUUCCCUGGUUUGGAUCCGAGUCCACCGGCCAGCACACAUGAGCUCACCAUUCCUAAUGAUCUCAUAGGCUGCAUCAUUGGACGUCAAGGAACGAAAAUCAACGAGAUCCGACAAAUGUCAGGGGCCCAGAUCAAAAUUGCAAACGCCAUCGAAGGCUCGUCCGAGCGUCAGAUCACCAUCACCGGGACUCCCGCUAACAUCAGCCUCGCCCAGUAUCUCAUCAAUGCAAGGUUCCGGGACGUGGCCGCCAUGUGGAACGACCCCUCGUCAAUGACUACAUCCUGAAGUGGCCUUCCGAAAAUCGGCUGUGAUUUCACUUACAUCCAACCACCCGCCCCAAUCCUACGACAAAUAUUACCCCAACUAUUACAAGUAUUACCCCACGAAAUUAGAUUUACUUAUAUUUCCAUUUGUUAUAUGAAGCCUGUAAGGCGCCUUUAUUUGUAUUUAUUGCUGUUAUUAGGACGAAAGUGGACCACAUCUUUAUUUUGUGAAACAUUUGUUUUUAUUUACUCAUGUAAAUCACCCUCUGCUGAGAAACUAAAGUAAAUUAAUUUGGUACCUGUUUGGAAAAUUCAAAUGGAUUUUUGGUGUUUUAUUUUAAAUCCGUGAACUACUGCUGUGACCUGUGAGUUUCUUCAUCAACACUGAAAACGUUUCAUCAUUAAAAUUCAGUUUAAGAGCAUUCAGUCAAAACAAAUUAGAGAUUGAAAGCAAAAACAAAACAAACUAUGAAUUGCUAAAAUUGAUUAUAAAUUGUGUAGCUAAUAGUUAUAUAGUUAAGUAAACCUAUUGUGUCUCAGGAACAACAACAAUGACCCAGAGCAUGUCUAAUUAUUAUUAUAAUAUUCAAAGUUUAGCAUAAAUCAGCAGACAGUAUUUACAUAUUUUUACUAAUGUUUCCAUUUGUAUUUUUUGCCACACUUUGUUAAAUUAAAGAAUUAAAAAAAAGAGCAAAAGGGGGUUGUGUGGAGAAAAAAAACAGGCACAUAAUGAGCUGCUGUGGUAUAACCUCUCCUCCAAUACACAUAUUCUUUCACACCUCGUGUUUAUUUUUGUUUUUCAUUUGUGCUGUUCCAAAGUCACUGGAAUGUUCACCCUCUAAUUUCUAUCCAUCUUGUCUGUGUGCAGCACAUGGCACACCUUGAGAUAAUGUUACUAUACCAUGUUAAUUGCCUACCCUGUAUUAGAUCGUCUUGAUAUUUAAGUGAUAUCGACAUUUGCUGUAAAUACAGUAUGAGAUUGUUUACCCCUAUGUACAAUCACCUUUAUUUGGUCCUUAAAACGUCUUGUUUUGUAAUUCACUUUCAGUAUACUUUUCGUUAUAACCACCUUAUUUGUCACCUACAUUUUAAAGGUUUUAUUCUGACUUAUAUGUCCUGGAUUUGCAAUUUUUUUCAGAUAAGCUGUUAUUUUACUGUAUGAUACUGUAUUGACUGUUAUUUACUGUAUAGAAUAUAAUCAGAAGAAGAAAACAAAGCAUAGGGAUUAAAAUGGGUCAGGAGGGUUAAAUGAUACCUGGCAUUUGCUGUCAUGCGGUGAAAACAGAAAUCUAAAUGCAUGCCAACAAAAGCCAAUUUGUUCACCCAAUAACACAAAACACUGAGUCAUGUUAGUAAUGUUGAAAUAUGCGUAUAGGAGAAAAUACAGAUAAGGGCUGGUGUAUGUGAAGUAGAACAUUUAAAGAAUUCGAUUUGGUGUCAAAUGUCAAGCUGGUUGGAAGCAAGCAACAGUCAUCUGUGGUUUUAUAUAUUUUCUUAGGUUGAUACUUGACAGCCAGAAACACGUUUAGCACAGGUGCCACACAGUUCUGAGGUCCCGAGUUCAAAUCUUGCCCCGCCUGUGUGGCGUUUGCAUGUUCUCCCCGGGUUUUCGCCGCAUAAGCGGGUUUCCUCCCACAUUCCAAAAACGUCCGCGGUAGGUUGAUUGAAAACUUGAAAUUUCCCCUUAAGUGUUGUUGUUUGUUUGUACUGUAUGUGCUCUGCGAUAUGAUGGCGACCAGUCCAGGGUGUGCCCCAUCUCUUGCCCAGCAUUGUCCGGGUUAUGCUCCAACAGGCUCGUGACCUGCGUGAGGAUUUUUUUUGGGGCAGACAUUGAUGUACAGUAUUAACGUCACCGAUUGAAGAGAUCUAUCCGAUUUGGCCAUUUAGUUGCAGUUGCAUCAGCUGACAUUUGAUGAUAAUCAAAUUUGUGUCAUACACAUUUUGGAGGCAGCCUGAUUCCAAGCCGAAGAUCCCUGGCAUUUUUUUCUGUGACGCGUAUCACAACUGUGCUACUUGAGAGACAAACGGAAAAAGAAUAUGAAUCGUGUAGUUUGUACCAUGCAAUGUAAAUCCAGUGUUACAUGCCAAGAGAUUAUACUGCAUUGUUGCAGUGAUGUAAAGGCUCGUGGCGUUGUCACUGCACUUUUGCCUCAGGUAAUUUGUAGGUAAUUUGUCGUAUUUGCACCUCAAACCCAUAGAGGGCACUGUGCAGCAUGUCAGGAUGUUCCUAUUGUAAAUUCCUCCUUUCUUUUUAAAAUACUCUGUGCAUUAAGGAUGGGAUUCUGUAAUCAGCAGUGAAAUUAAGCUAAAAUCACAAAGGAAGCGACUGUGUUUCUACAACCAUGAUGCAAUUAAAUGUAGCAGCACAUGUCUCUCACAAACAAGUGGUGUGACAGAAUCUGAUGUCUGGGUGAUUUUCGUUGACUGGCAGGGCGAAUGGGGAAGGUGCUGAAGCAUCACUUUGGUACCCUUUGUCCCUUUUUCGAUCCACUGCAAUCAGGUCAAGAUCUCUGGUGACACGUACAACAGAAAAGAAGGGCAAUAUAGUUCAAUGGAAAGCUUUCACUACGUUAACAGCCAUAAAUUGGACCGUUACAAUGUUUUGUAAGGGUCGACUUUCAAAGUUCAAGUGGAUAUGUGGAAUGCACCGAGGUACGUUGUACAUUUUAGGACAUCGAGGCCAGGUUUCAGAUGUCACACUCUCAAGUUUAGUACCCUACAGCAGCAUGUAUAAGCUUAAAAGUGACAAGGUGCCAUAAAUGUCUCUGUUCAUGAAAAAUUGCACCACAAACCUGUCAUCAAACAACACGGCCUGAGACAAAGCUUCAUUUGAGGAACAGUCUCAAUAAUUAAAUAUGUUAGAUUUCCAGUUGGAGGGCAGACCGGUUGUGAUGCAAUGAUAUCAUUGAUUGUGGCAGACAUGCCUGAGGAUGGGAGCAAAGAGUCUGGGACAAGGAAGAAUAGGAGGAAUCUGGGUGCAAAGUACACGCAAGCAUGGAACAGAUGCCAGAAAAUGGAAUUGCCAGUUGUGAGUGGGGAAUAACUUGGAAAUAGUAGCGACUGAUUGAUCAGAACAUAUCGGCACAAUACAAAGUAUUAGGCUUCUGAAGGGACUGGAUUCAACAAAUUGAACACAAAAAUGUUAUUGAACAAUUUUGUGGACUCCAAAACCAGUUUAAGAGCAGGCAGCUACUAAUGAUUAAUGAUUACUCAACAAAUUUGUUACUUUUGUGACCGACGAUUGCACAUUUUUGGGUAAAUCUUACCUUGACUUCACUUUUAGUAAGCCUUAACCUUAACUCGCAAUUCCAUAAAGAUUCAAAAUUUAUUAUUAACACCGGGUGAUUGUAAAGCUGAUGUCUGUUACCAGUUGCUUUGCAGAUGUGCUUUUGAAAUCUGUUCCCCCCCCACCCCAUCUUACAACUCCGGAUGACCCAAAAUGUGCAUCAUACACGUCUUGAGACUUAAGUCAAUUUGACUAAUUUGCAAAGAUGUGCAUUGCCUUUGCUCACCCUUUCAUGUAAGUCCAACAUCUUCUGCACAACUGCUGCUCUUGUCAUAUCUAUUAAAUAGGAGCAGGAAAACGUCUCGGUUGUUUGAGAAAUGUCGUACGAUCAUGUUUUUUUUUUUAAACAUCUCUGUGGAUGUCUAUUUAUUGAGGUUGAUGGAUUGUUUUGUAAAGAGAAAAUAAAAUCG